AUGGUCUCUUCCGCGUCCGGCGAUACGCAGGUCGAGCGUGAUACAGAAGCCGAGCAUGACCUCGAAGCUGCUCGUGUUCGUUCUCGAGGAGAAAAUGUUACUGAUUCGGCGUAUGGGAGUCAAGUACCUGUACCGGUGCAGGAUACACAAUAUGCAGAAGAUGAAGGCGUAGUGGAGAAAACGGAUCCUAAUUUGGUUACGUUCGAUGGACCGCAUGACCCGGACAAUCCGAAGAAUUGGAGGACGGCGAAGAAGAUGUAUGUCACGUUCUAUGUCGUGUUGCUGACACUAUGCUGUUCCCUCGCCUCAUCCUCCUUCUCCCCAACCUUCGGCGCCCUCUCCGAAACCUUCGGCAACUCCCUCGAAGUGUCCUACCUAACCCUCUCCCUCUUCGUCCUCGGCUUCGCUUUCGGUCCCGUCAUCUUCGGACCCCUCUCCGAACUCUACGGCCGCAACCUCGGACUCUUCCCCGCCUUCCUUCUCUUCAUCAUCUUCAACAUCCCCCAAGGCGCAGGCCAAAACAUUCAAACUGUCAUUAUCGCACGGUUUAUUGGUGGUGUAUUUGCGAGUGCACCGUUUAGUGUUUGUGCAGGGAGUUUGGCGGAUUUGUGGGAGAGUGGGGAGAGGGGGUAUGCGUUUGCUGCUUUUACGGCGGGAACGUAUUUGGGGCCUUUGAUUGGGCCGAUUAUUGGGGGGUUUAUUGUGGAGAGUUAUCUGGGGUGGAGGUGGACGGUGUGGGUUAUCAUGAUUCUUUCGGGUGCGGUGCUGAUUUUGGGACUUCUCACGCUGCCUGAGACAUUCGCGCCGAGGAUUCUGGUGUUAAAAGCCAAGCGACUACGACGUCAAACCGGGAACAACGAGUGGUACGCAGACUACGAGAGGAACAAACCUCCGGUGAGCCAGAUCGUUCAGAAGGUGUUAAUCCGCCCCAUCAAAAUGCUCUGCACAGAACUCAUCCUCCUCCUCCUCUCAAUCUACGUCGCAUUCGUCUACUCCAUCCAAUACCUUAUCCUCGAAGCUUUCCCCGCCGUCUACCACGAUAAACACGGAUGGAACCUCGGUGUUGCUUCUCUUCCCUUCUUGGCGGUUGCGGUGGGGGUGUUUGUUGGGUGUGCGGUUGUUGCGGGAUUUAAUCCGUAUUAUGAGAGGAAGAGAGCGGAGAAUGGGGGGCGGCCGGUUCCGGAGGCGAGGUUGCCGCCGAUGAUGAUUGGGGCUGUUGCGUUUCCUAUUGGGUUAUUUUGGUUUGGGUGGAGUGGGCAGUACGCUACGUCAUGGGUUCCCUCGACCCUCGCCGGCAUUCCCAUCGGUGUUUCCCUCUCCAUUAUCUUUAUGCAAGCACUCUCCUACCUCGGUGAUGCGUUCACAGCACAUGCUGCAUCAGCUGUUGCGGCGAAUGCGUUUUUGAGAGCGAUAUUGGCGGGUGCGUUCCCGCUGUUUUCGUCGCAGAUGUAUGACAAGUUGGGGAUUGGGUGGGCGAGUAGUUUGCUGGGGUUUUUGGCGCUGGGGUUCAUGCCGAUUCCGUUUUUGUUCUUCAAAUUUGGUGGGGCGAUUAGGAGGAAGAGCAAGUAUGCUGCGUCGCCGUGA